AUGUGCUACUGCAAUAACUAUUAUGGUGGCCUGGGCUGUGGCUAUGGAUAUGGUUGUGGCUAUGGUGGCCUAAGAUGUUUUUAUGGUGGCCUGGGCUGUGGCUAUGGCUGCGGCUAUGGCAGAUAUGGAUAUGGCUGCUACUGCCCAUCUUGCUUUGGAAGAUUCCGGUCCUAUGGAUUCUACUGA